AAUAAUACAAUCACUUAAGUGAAAAAUAAUAUUUGAGAGACUGCAUUUUCAGGGGAAAAAAGAAAAGAAAAGAAAAAAAUGGCAUCUGCUGUGAUGACUUCUCUUCCGCAGUUCAAUGGGCUGAAACCCCAAAUUGCCCCUGCUUCUCCUGUGAAAAGUUUGGUAGCUGUUCAACCAAUGAGGCGUAGAGGGCAGGGUGCUUUGGGCGCUCGUUGUGAUUUCAUUGGCUCACCUACAAAUUUGAUAAUGGUGACGUCAACUAGCCUGAUGCUGUUCGCGGGUCGGUUUGGAUUGGCUCCAUCAGCGAACCGGAAGGCGACAGCGGGUCUGAAGCUGGAGGCGAGGGAUUCGGGUCUGCAAACGGGUGACCCGGCGGGUUUCACACUGGCGGAUACUUUGGGCUGUGGGGUUGUGGGUCACAUUAUUGGGGUUGGGGUUGUAUUGGGCCUCAAGAACAUUGGUGCCCUCUGAAUUUUAUGUUAUUAAUUUAUUAAUUAAUAUUGUGAAUCGUUUGUGAAUCAUUUUUUACUUUUUAA